AUGGGGUUCUUGGAAAGAUUGCAGCCUUUUGAAUCUUGUUUGAAUCUUGUCUCAGAGGCUCACACUACCAUGACGCACUUAUUUGUAGGCUCCUCGCAGUCAUUCUUGCUGAGCUGGCGUCCGCUUUGCAAAUACCACGGUGCAUGGCCAUUACAGACUCAUCGAGACUUGUGGCCACCGACGCGCUUCGCGGAGGCUCAGAGUGUGCGCAAUAUGGGUUGGAAGAUACUUGACUGUGCCGAGAGCACACCCGACUGCGCGGCCAGGAACCAGGCUGUAGAGGCGAAUCUGGAUAUUGCUGGGAUCGGUGUCAUUAUAGCUUUCCUGUGCGCCACGUGCCUGGCUUUUAUGAUUGCCUUUGCCGUCAUUUUUCUCGAUCGAUAUGAGAAUAUUGUCGACUUCUUCAGGCGCCGCUUGAGUAAGCAAGAAGAUGUGUACAAGAACGACUAUACGGGUCCCAGAUACUGGCGCUCGCCGGCUUUCUGGUCUCGCGUGCUCAGCAAGAAUCUACUCGCCUUUAGCGAUACACAGCUUCUCACCGGUCUCGCCAUCCAAUUCACCGCUAUGCUGAAACAUUGUCAAAUAUCCGUCUAUCACUUCCGCAUUGUUACCGAAUUGGCCUUUUUGACCACGGUCACGCAUCUGCUCACCGUCAUCGCGCUGCGAAACUACUUUGUCAAGAAUCGAUGGAUCAACCUGCCGCGCAUCUUCUUCAUGCUGGGCAACCUCGCCCUGUUGGGCUACACGUCCUUUGUAGCCUACUCGUACGACCUCGUCGAAGUCGACGUCUCGCAGUCGCUCGCCUGCUUCUUCAAGAGCGAGAGACCGCCCUUUACAGCCGCAUUCGGCGGGAAAUGGGCUGCCCUGCUCGUCGGCGCCAUAGGAGGCCACGCCACCAUCAUCCUCGCCAUGUACUGGCUCGACGACCCCAACAAAAGCCGGACGCUGACACAGAAAACGGUGGCGGAUAAAAAGCACCAGCGCAAGACGUGGUGGUACCAUGUCGGCGCCACGAUACGCACCUGGAUCGUUGCCCCCGUGUACUCCAUCUACGGCAUCUGGAUGGCAGGUGACGGCCUACGGCACACGCAAGCGCUCGGCAGGGCCAAUGUUGAUAUCCGAGGCGACGAGCGCGACUGGGGGUUUGGCCAGUUCUUGCCCGUGCUCUUGCUUGCGCUGCCGCUUUUCGCGGGCUGGGAGAGCUUCUGGGAGGAAAAGGAUGAGGAUCGCGAUACGUAUUUUGGUCACUGUAAGAGGCCGUCGCGGUGUGGGAGUGAAGAACAGCCCAGAGAGUCGGGUGUGGAGUUGCUGAGAUCGGCUGGGGAUGGUUCGGUUGGGGGGAAGACUUCCUGCUUUGCCGUCUCUGCUCUUGAAUCUGAUUGUGAUGCUAGCGGUGAUGCGAUGCGAUGUGAUUCCAGGCCGAAUACCCAUGAAGGCCAAGUGUCAGACCCACAACAGGCCAGUAUGCAAUCAGGCAGGGCUCGGGCAUGUCAAAGGCUUGGCGGAUCGAAUGAGGUUGGCGUUGGCGUGGUUUGUUGGACGCGGUGGGAGAGAGAGAGGCAUCCUGAUUUUUCCCCUUUUGCUGUUCGAUGCGAGGAACUUGUCGGUGUUCUUCUGAAGUGGUAG